AUGAAGGGUAGAAUAUUCUAUCCCGAUGAAAUGAGAGCUCUGACGGGAUGUUCACGCGAGGAAUACAUGCUUCUAAAAUAUCUGUGUUCCUCCAUAGCUGAAGCAGCGGUAGUGUUUUAUUCACCGUGCUGCUUUUGGUGCUCUCAUGCGUCUGUUGGGAUCGAUUCGUCAGGAUCAUGGAGGGCGUUUAAUCGGGUCGUUCCUGCUCCCUCCCCUGGUUCUGCUAUCGCUCCUUCUCCAGCUGCUCCCCUCCCGCUCCUUGUAAUGCUUGAUAAUGGCAUGAAAACUUUAGCCCCAAAAAAGAAGCUCAUAGUACAAAUGGAUGAAUUGUGUAAGCCUAUGGGCAUGAGCAUUAUCGCCUUUGUGGUAGGGAUGGCGGUCCUCUCCGUCAUGGCACUACUAUUAAUUCUGCUUAUGAUACGGAUGUGGCCACGCUGCUCCGGCCGAUUGAUAGCAGCCAGGAAGGCUCUAAAAGUUACUGAUGUAGCAGCACCCAUCGCGAUUGUCGCUGAGGAGCCGGGCGCCACCACGACUAAGUAUUGA